CGCUUGAUGGUCUUUUUGGGCAUUACUGUCACACUUUUUAUAGCAGCCCUCGAUCAGACUAUUGUUACGACCACCUUGCCUUCCAUCGCCAAAGAGUUCAACAACUUUGCUGAUAUUUCCUGGAUUGGAACAGCAUAUCUUUUAACAACAACAGCCGUGCAGCCCCUCUAUGGUGUUGCGGCCGAUCUUUUUGGCCGUAAAAGAGCCAUGAUGUUCGCCUGUUCUGUCUUUCUGCUUGGAUCUGCGCUCUGCGGUGCAGCCCAGUCAAUGACCAUGCUCAUUGUUGCGAGGGCUGUACAGGGACUUGGAGGAAGUGGAAUCAUUGCUCUGAGUAUGAUUUUAGUUGCUGAUAUUGUCCCGUUGCGCCAGCGAGGUACUUAUCAGGCCUUGAUUGCUCUUAUUUUUGCUAUUGCUGCAGUUGUUGGUCCAUUGUUAGGUGGUGCUUUCUCAGACAAAGUUACCUGGCGCUGGGCCUUCUAUAUCAAUCUACCCGUGGGUGCACUCUCCAUGAUCCUCAUCAUCUUCUUCAUGCAUAUGAAGCGUCGCAAAGGCAUCCCUUUUGCAACUAAUCUUAAGUCACUCGACUAUAUUGGCAUCUUCCUGCUGAUGGCUUCCAUCGUCAUGAUCCUGCUUGGCUUAAACUGGGGUGCAGAUGCUAAAUAUCCCUGGAACUCCUCUGUUAUUCUCGCCCUGCUGAUUAUCGGCAUAGUUAUUGGAGCAAUCUUCAUCUUUCACGAGGCUAGAUACGCAAAGAAACCCAUCAUUCCUCUACGCCUCUUCGGCACACCUUCCUUAGCAGUCACUUACUUGCAGGUCUUUAUUCAGGGUUUUAUUUUUCUUGGUCUUCUUUUCUUUCUACCACUGUACUUCCAAGCUGUCCAUGGCUCAUCUGCUGUCAAGUCUGGAAUCGAUUUACUGCCCUAUGCCAUCGUCGGAGCAUUCGCCGCUAUCGUUGUUGGUCUACUGAUGAGUCGAUGGGGAACCUACAAAGAAUUUAUUGUGGCCGGGUGGAUUGUGGGCUGUAUUUCUGCUGGGCUAUUGAUCACGUUCGACGAAUACACAUCUCGCGGGAAAGUGAUUGGGAUCCUGCUUCUGCAGGGUAUCAGCAUGGGUAUGACUGUAAACACUCUACUCCUCGGCGUACAUGCACAGCUGAUCAAUAAGUCUGACCUUGCACUAAGCACCUCUCUCUGGACAUUCCUAAGAACCUUUGGUGGCGUGUUUGGAAUCGCUGUUGGUGGAACAUUUGUGCAGAGCAGCCUCAGUCAAGCGAACGCAAGUGAGUAUGCCCAGAAUAUCAAGGCAAUUGCUGGCCUUCCUCCAAAUAUCAAAGCUCCUGUCCUCCGUGCCUUUGUGCAGGGGCUUCAACACUUCUUCAUCCUGAUAACCAUCAUAUCUGGCAUAGGCUUGGUUGCCUCUCUAUUUAUUAAA